AUGCGCUCGACCGGACCUUCGACAAAUCUCCCGAAGCGGAGAGCUCUCCACGAGCGCAAUCCAUCCCAGACAAACGAGGGCUCCCCGCCUGCGUCCCUCCGAGCCACCAGUGACAAUUACGCUGGUCACGAAGAACGUGAUCUGUAUUCGGUCACUCCUUACCCGACCAAGCCCGAGCAAAUUCUCCUUCCACGGCCUGGUAAAGGACAUGAGUUCAUCCCGGAUUCCCGUUUUCACGUCGAUGAAGCGCCGGAUCAUUAUGGCGGAAACACCUCGACAGAGCUCAGUCAAAUUGCCGACAGCAGCUUUUUUCACCGUUCUGCCAGUGAUCCAUGGGAUUUAUCAUCGACAUUCGAUGCCGCAAAUACUCCCUCGCAAGUAUGGGAGGACGAUCCUUUGUCAAGCAAAUCGUCCUUCCCUGAUCUCCUGCCUCCGGAAGACAAACCCAUCGACCCAAAGUCCGACUCAGCUUCUGUCGCUGCCUAUUCCGAUGAGGAACCAAAUGCACUACCGCAGGUCCCGCCGACAAUCAAGCCCGUAAUUUCUCGAACUACAUCGCGUCACCCCUCAGGUCCUGAAACGCUCGGCUCAAGCAAUUCCAGUCCCAACGUGGUUCCUAUCGGACCUCCAUCUAGUCCAAACUUCGUGGCCCUCGACAACUCGAGUCUGAAUUUUGUACGCCUUGGAGCCUCCUCGAAUCCUGGCUCGGUCACUCGGUCCAACUCGCUUUCAUCUCUGAAUUCGCUGGGAACGGUCAUCAGGUAUAUCGGAGCAGCUCAGUGGACACAUGGAUCAUCCUCCGAACAAUCGAGUUCACUCUCGCGUUCACGCUCGCAAUCGUUCCGGUCCAAUCCCUCCAACCAGGUGCACCUAGUCCAAUCAAACUCCACGCUUCCGCGCGGGCGCAGUCAUUCUCGCUCUCUCACGUCUUCAUCGCGCAGCGGGCCAAACUCAGAUAUUCAGGCGAUCGUUGACAGCGGGGUCUUCCUUCAAUACCCGACCAUCCGUGCACCUUCAUCGUCUAGUUCAAGGGUUGAUGUAUCCAAUGCCGAGGCUGUCGUAGAGCCCAACCCUCAGGAAACCACCACGGAUUUCUCGUCGGAUCGAUUCAAAUCUCAUUUAUCGACAGUCACCUCUCGAUGGUCAGCAGAAUGUGAUUCGAACUAUGCUGAAGGAUCAAGCAACAACUCUUUGGCAGAGCCUAGACGGCCGUCUCCAGCACUGGUCCGUCCAAAGCCAACCUCUUCAUCAGUCUGGUUAGUUAAUGAAGUGGACGACUCCGAAGGUGACGAACAGCAGGACAAUGUGGCAAACUUACCGGCGCGCCCCUCAAACCCAGCAGUGCCCAGCAGUCUCUCAUCCGGUUCUAGGUCUCGGCGAAGUAGCGUGCGAAGCACCAAGCGGCCGGGAACAGGCUCAAGUAUCCACAACAUCUUGCCUAACUGGGCCAGGAUGUACUAUGGGCGCUCCGAAGCGCAAGCCGCAAAUCUAGGGUUACCACCAGUGGAGGGGAGUCGUCCACCGUCUGUUCGACCCGCGACGGCAAGUACAAAUGGCGCUCUCUACCGCAUGCCAACGGCUCACAGCCACACUCGAACUAUGACCAGUGACCUUCGAAGCGUGCGAUGGGAAGCACCACCGAAUGAUCCACGUGAUCCUCGUAGCCAUUGGGUCAAAGAUCCAGAACUUGAGAGACGGGAUACCUCCCGCAAUCGGUUGCGCAGCAGCUGGUCUCCACACCUGUUACCUGAUCGACGUGCGACGGGCCCUCGGAAGGGCACUUGGGGAGCCCCGUCUCUAGACUCAAGAAUGGAACCUCUAUUUGGUCGGAGGAAUAUCCAAGUUUGGUCAUUUUGUGUUGGAUUCAUCUUCCCUCUCGCCUGGCUGAUCGCAUCUUUUCUCCCCCUACCGAAGCAGCCGGAAAUGGCCAUGCAGGAGGACAUCGAGUCCCAACUUGAAACGAGCCUACGUAUGCGGUUAUUCGAUCUUCAGAGAAGACGCUACGAAAAUGCGCGCUGGUGGAGAAAGCUAAAUCGGUGGAUGAAUCCGUUGGGAUUGGCGAUUAUCACUAUUGUGAUCACUCUGGCAGUUGUCGGUACAACAGUUGGUUUCUAA